AUGCACGGUGCAAUGACGGACGUUGGCCCGUCCGCGUGCCCGUACCUGGGCGGAGGCGGAAAGGCUGGGGCGGGGGGUGCGGGGGGAGAUGCGGGGGAAGGAGGGCCACGGGUGGCGGGGCUGGUUCGGACGAACUCGGGCGCGAGCAGUAACACGGACUCGCUUAUAACGGGGACGACUCAUAGCGUGGGAGGGGGAGCGGGAGGGGGAGGGGGAGUGGGGAGCAACGUGAGUGCAGCCGACCUUCUGAAUCGGCGCAUGCUAUCGUUGAUUACACGGGCGCAUGAGCUAUACGCCAAGGACACGGCGCCGAUGGUGGCGUCAGGCGCUGCUGCUGACGUGGCAUACGUGCUGACUGCGCGGGAGCUGCAGGCAGGGGGUGGCAACAUGCACGUGCCUGGCACACCGGGUUCGGCUUACAGUGGGGGGGGAGGGAGGGGGAGCAUGGGUGGGGAGAUGACGGAAAUGGGGGGCAUGGGUGGAAUGGGGGGGAUGGGGGGCAUGGGGGGAAUGGGUAUGGGGGGAAUGGGGGGCAUGGGGGGCAUGGGAGGAAUGGGGGGAAUGGGCAUGGGUGGGGGUAUGCGUGGGGGCAUGGGCGGGGGCAUGGGUGGGGGCAUGGGUGGGGGCAUGGGUGGGGGGAUGGGGACUUAUGAUUCGAUGGGGCAUGGUCGGGGUGGGAUGGGUGCGACGAGGCCUGCUGCUGGUGGUGCUGGUGGGAUGGGUUCUGGAUCAGCUGCUGGUUCAGAAUUCGGUGCUAUGGGCGGUGCUGGUGGUGGUGGUGCUGCUUCUGGUGGUGGUGGUGGUGCUGGUGGUGGUGGCAUCAAGUUGGAAGGUCUUGAUAUCAAGCCGUAUCAGCAGAAGCAGCAGUCCGGUACCAGUAGUUACGCAAGUUAUACGCAGAAGGAAGAGUACAACACGUAUGUGUAUGAUGGAAAUGGUAUUUGA